UGUCAUAACCUAACUUUUCAUUUUAUUUCAUACAAGUGUACACUUUGCGCGAUAUAAAUUUAUUAAAAAAAAUACUUUUACUCACCAUGAAUUAUUUGCAGAAUUUUUUUAAUUUUGGCGCCAAGAGUUUAUUGAGCGGGCAAUCAUUUAUUUUAAAUCAAGUUCGUGGAAAAAAAGUUAAGGCAAAGGGCAGUACCAGAAACAGACCCAUAAAUACAAGACCAAAGCAUCGUGGAUGGAAGGUCAAUGACGGCGCUUAUGUGUCUGAGAAUAAAAUAUUGGUCCUGCAACGGAAUUUACGAUAUCAUCCAGGUUUAAAUGUUGGUUUUGGUAAAAACGGAACUUUAUACGCAUUGACCGAAGGCCGAGUUGUCGUUACAUGUGAACAAUUCAAUCCAAAUUGGGAUCAUACAUGGGUUCAACGAAUCUAUGCUAGCAGAGAAAGCGAUACCAUUUACAAAAAGUACUUCAACAUUUUACCAUUUGAACAACACAAUCGUUUUAAAUUAAUUGAUGAAAUUUAAUUAAAAUUGAAUAUUCAAUGUAGAAUAAAUCGGGUUACAAUUUAGUAUGCA